AGAUGCACAUCAGAAAUUAUUCUUACAGUUGUUACUUAACACAAGAGUCAAUUUUGUCAACGUUUUAAAGACAAUAAUAAAUUAAUUUAUUUUUUUAAAUAAAUCUUAUACAGGAAAUAUUUAUCCUUUAAAUAAACAACAUGAAAUUGAUGCUAGUCUUUGGUUUAUUCGCUUUUGUUGCUUGCACAUUGGCUGCUCCUCAAAAAGAUGUGGAAAUUAUUUCUCAAAAUAGUGAUGUGAACAUUGACUCCUACAAGUUUGAUUUUGCCACCAGUGAUGGUACUUCACGCACUGAGGAAGGUGUUAUCAAAAAUGCCGGUACCGACAAUGAAGUUUUAGAGGUAAAGGGCAGUUUCACAUGGACUGCUCCCGAUGGUCAAACCUAUACAGUUAAUUUCAUAGCCGAUGAAAAUGGUUUCCAACCUGAAGGUGCCCAUAUACCAAAAUAGACCAAACACUAACUUACUGCAUAAAAAAGUAUCUAAAUCAAAAUAACAAACCAUUACAAAAAAAAAGAAUACUCUCUAUAUAAUUUCCGACUUUAUCCAUCCAUCGUACUAUGUAAAAAAAUAAUGUCUUGUUAUGUUUUUGUAAAAAAUUAUUAUUUUUUAUUUUAAUUUUAUUUUGUUUUUGUAAAUAUGUUUAUCCUGUAAAUAAAAACAAUGUUAAUUUAAGGAGUGAAUAAUUUCAGUCAGUGUUGAAAAAAAAAAUAUA